AUGACCACCCAACCAAGUUCCGAGGACUACCAACACAUUCACCGUGUACGAACCAAGCAACAAUUAGAACAACACAAUUCUCAUCACAUGCAGCACCUAUCUAUGGUGUCACUGGCACUCAUCUACCGAAACUAUGCUGUGUUUCGGCGACUCAUUGACGCAGGUGCUGACUUGAAGCCUUUGGAGAAUGACGAUUUCGUCUGGGACACCACAUAUCCCUCUGUACAAGACGAGAAAACUCUGAGAAGCCUCUUCUACUACGGAGGCUUGCGACCACAAUUUGAGAGGCUGGUCGACGAUACUUAUACAGACGCGAUGAUGCAACAGGCUACCAGCGACCUUUUGAAUUUCAUGGUCAACAAACGCAUCAUGGUGCCGUCGAGAAGACUGCUGGACAUCGCGUUGAGACAUGAAAGAGCUGAUGUCGUCAGCUUCAUCCUGAAGUCGCAGAUUCAGGGAAUAGAAGAGCGCUGUCCAUCCAAUUGCCUCGGAUCAUCUUGCUAUUUUGGCAUCCUAGAAGAGGUAGUCCGGUCUCCAAUUUCCUGGAAGAGUGCCGACAUUCGAAAGUGGGUCAACAAGCAGAUCGAGUUCCUCGUCAAAGAAAGGAGAGGAACUACAGAAAAAUGCGCUGUCAAGCUUUUUGAGCUCGUCACUGGCGAUCCAGAGGACGAGGAAGGUUUCGGGAAAUGGUUCCAUCUCUUCAAAGUCGCAGAAUUCGGGAAGUUGGUUCAACGUCAAAACGGCAUCAUGUCUGUAGCGAAGCAUAUUAUCGCCAUGAGUGGCUACAGCUGGAGCUACGAGGAGACUUUUCCGCAUUCGACGCUGCACAUUCCUUCAUGGGCCGGGGCCCAAAUGUUCAUGCUGUCGAUGUACGACGACAGACUCCGCAUAUUCGAUCUUGUGCCCAAGAAAUGCUCGCCUUCCGAACACUCACGGACUAUUAACGCGCGCUCAAAGUUACUUGAUGCGUCCAACAAAGGCUACAUGCCCCCCGACUCGGUGUGCGACGGCCUAUUUGAAGAUACAUACAAUUACGUACCGGUAGGGUAUCAAAGCUUCGAGCGUUUCCUCGCAGACUCCGAAACGUGGCCUGGAUUGUUGUUCGAGGACGAUUGGUUUGCAAGGCAGGUCUUAAUUAACUUGAUGAUGAGUCGUCGUGUAGAACAUGGAACACUGUGCCGCCUUGCAGGAAUUGUAGAGCACUUGGUGGCCAGAGGUGCCUCUGGAUCUGUGGAAGUCCUGCCUGGACUGGAUACGCGAACUUUAUUACACGUUGCAUGCAAGAUAAAGGUAGCUCCAGAGCCAUAUGACGAGACGCACCUCAAUCCCUCAUGCUAUGACAUGCAGGGAUGUGCUAGCGCUCCUGUUGGUUGUCUUAAGAACUGGAAGCAUCAUAGGUGGGGUUCAUGGCAGCAGAGAUAUUACAAGCUGCGUCGAGAGAGUCUUCAGCGCAUCAUCAAGGCUCUUUUGAAGGGCUCGAACGUAUUCCAGCCCGACAAGUCCGGGAAAACUGCCUGGAGACUCGCAAACACAAGCUGGAUCCAUCUUGAAAUGUGGAUUGAACUCAGCCAAGCAAAGCAAGACCUUGCCACGAAGAGAAGGGCAGAGUUUUUUCAACGCAGGGUUCAAAGGACGAGGGAUCUUCGGAAAAAGCCGGUAUUCCGAGAGCAAAUCUUGGAGGAUUGUGAGACGUGUGCUAAGCGUUCUAAGCACUUCUCAUCCUGGCUGCAGAAGCGUCAGAAACAGCACUGCACCUCAUAA